CCCGCCGUCGGCCGCCGCACAGCUCGCGUCACUCGGCUGGGGACAUGGAGCACUUCAUCGAGGCCGUGCGCCGCUACCCCUGCCUCUGGGACACCGCCGCGCCCGAGUACCGCGAUCAGGAGCUAAAGGACGCCGCCUGGGCCGACCUCGUCAAGGAGACCGACCUCACUUCUGUAAAAGAAGUAAAGCUCAAGUGGAAGAAGCUGCGCGACAGUUACCGCGAUGCUCUGAAGCGACAGAGCGAAGUCGCGGCGGGCGGUAAGCGUGGCAGCGCCUGGAAGUACACUCAUCUCAUGCACUUCCUGCAGCCGCAUAUGAACGCCCGCAAAAAGCCGCCAUUCCCGCAGGCGGCAGCGCGCGAGCCCAGCGCCGAGGUCGGCGAGGGUGAGCGCGUCAACGGUCACGAGGGGAGCGAAGACAGCUGUUCGUCGCGGUCGUCGACGCCCAGGCGGCGGCGCACCCGCCCCGCGCCCGUCAAGCGGCCUCUGUCGCCGCGACACCUCGAUCUGCCCGACCCGCUCGACAUCUUUUUCAACAGCAUGUGUCAGUCCACCAAACGGCUCCCGUACCCGGCGCAAAUAAGGAUCAAAAAAGCAUUAUUCGCGGCCGUAAUAGAAGCGGAGGAAGGGUUGCUGGCGGAACAGCAGAACUAUGCGGCCUUGUGGGCACGCGGAGCAGUUUCCACCUCGGGCAGCGAACCUGCAGCUGAAUGUAUAAAGAUCAACUGAUCGCAAAUAUGGAACACUCUUAUAUAAAUGAAGCAGCUGUUAUGGUCAGUUCAAAGGCACAAUAGUUACGCCGUGCGCCCGAAUUCCUUGCGGGAAUAUGAAGUAGCAGCAACGAGUUUUGCCUUGGUAAAACACUCGCCAUACAAAGGAUUUUCUUAAUUUUGCUGAUAUUUGCACUAUACCGUCUAAACAUGGUUACUUUGCACAUUAUACCUGAUGCAGACUUAAUUACACGCUGACACACCUCUUGGGUUUAAUAUGCCACAUUAAGUCCUUCCGCGGCCCAGGCCCGGCCACGACCGAAUCUCUGCAGCCGAACCUUGAAUUAGCGAGUCACUGACUCACUUCAACAGCUUCGGUUAGGAUGCUUAGGAGGCACAGUGGUGUCCGCCCCGGAGACCUCGAAGUCGGUUGUGCUCUCGACAUAUAGAAGAACCUUUACCUACCCUUUCCCAACAUACUUUAAUCCAUGCGUUACUCGGCUUGUCUGUCGAAAGUUUCUCAAAUGCCGUAUAGCUUAAAGCUCAAUUAGCUAAAGCAAAAUUAUAAGCUAUU